UUUAUGGGCCGCACAUCGCCGGAUGCCUCGGCAGAAGUGGGCAGCCAUCAGUGGGAGCUUCUGGCCCAUGCAUUAAUGGCCAUGGCCCAAGAGGGUGUCGUGGAAGAAGAGAAAAUCGACUCGUUGGAUGCUCCAUAUUAUGCACCAUCAGCUGAGGAAAUGAGAAAUGUGAUAGAAGAAGAAGGUUCGUUUGUGGUGAAUCAGAUCUCAGCUUUGGAGAUUGGUUGGGAUGGAGGUCUGGUGUUGGACAAUAUUAACAACAAUAUUGAUUUGGAUGAAAUUGAUGAAAAGGCCCUAAAAGUUACCAAGAUUAUUAGGGCAGUGGUGGAGCCAAUGAUGGAGUCCCAUUUUGGGGCCCAAGUUAUAGAUGAUUUGUUUACUAGAUAUCAUGGUCUUCUCCAAGAUUAUUUCUCAAAAACCAUAGCUAAGCACAUUAAUCUUGUGGUUUCUCUCACAAGAAAGUUUUAGUCGAAUUAGAAAACAAUACCCGAGUAUUUUAUCUCAGUGGUAUUAGUGACGAGGUUACGGAUCUCAAUCCUCACCGACCCUACUAGAAAGAGAUUUUUAGAAAAUAGUUGUGGUAUAACUCAGAGAUAUUAUAUUUUUCAUGUCAUAAUUCAACCAAAAAAAGACAUAACAUGACUUUAUGGUGUUGAAUAGUACUGUGAUCUACCGAGAAAUAUCAAGAGAUGGAUUGCGCGAUUCAGUCA